UAAGGCUUACUUAAAAUUUGCCAAGUGUUAAUCACCAUCCUACAACAUACCCAAAUUGUCUACUACACCACAUUAUUUCCUCUUUCUCUUCUCCCUUAUCAUUCUUCUGCAUCAAAGACUAAUUAACAUGCAGAGAAAAUUACUGCUAACAUGGCUGUUCCUCCUAAUUUGCUGCAAGACCCUUUCUUACUUUUCAUGUGAAAGUGCUCUUACUCCUCAGCACAAGCCACUAAACACUAAGGCAAGACAACUUAAGAAUGUGUAUGAAUCAAUGGUUGAAAUGAAAAGGAAAGGUGACAGAAAAACACUAGAGGGGAUGCAUGAAGGUAAAAUGAAAAUUAUUGGAAGGGCUGGGAAAGGAGUUUAUGGGGGUGGAGAUAUGCUUCGUCCACGCUCUAAAUCCAAAAAUGGAGCAGCCUCCUUGUUCUUGAAAUCCUCUACUCUCCUCUUAUCAACACUCAUACAUGUGUUAUACAACUUGGGUUGAUUUACUUUUGUUAUCUUAAAAGUGACUGGUCUGGAAUUUGGAUUAAGAAUGUAAAGAACUUGCUUUAUAUAUAUGGUUCUGAUCAACAUCCAAUUAGAUA